AUGCCUAGGACUAGGCAUAGGAGCACUCUUAUUUCUGACGUUUUUAACGUAAGGCUGUCUGCUAUGGCGAGUGGCUUCGUUUCUGCUGCAGCGGGAAGACCUCCUGCUCCAAGAAUGGUGACACAGAGCAGUGGAAGGCGUGCCUCCCCGCAACGUGAGGAAGAUGGGGCUUCUUCCUCCCACCGCGAGCGUUCCCGAUCUCCAAGAAACGGUGGAAAUGCGGCCGUUACUGCAUUGGAGCUUCUUAACAGUGCGCGUCAACCUUCCGUUCGCGCAUCUGGUGUCAUUGCCGACGGAACAAUUCGGAAUGGUGGUAACGACCGCGGCCCCACCGGGUUUCACGGCGAAGGGCGAGCCCCACGUGCAACCAGCGAACAACUCGAGCAUGGCGAAAACGCCCCAGCGCGGCCGGCCACUGCAGCUCAGGCGCAGGACCGUAAUGAUCGCGGUCCUGCGCCGGCAGAUCGCAAUCAUCGCGAAUCUGCCCGAGCAGAUCGCAAUCAACGCGAUUCUGCUCGGGCAGAUCGCGAUCGCGAUUCUGCACGUGCAGAACGCGAGCGAGAUUCUGCACGUGCAGAUCACGAGAAUCUGCGCACGGAGCGUCAGAAUCGAGACCAGGCGCGUGACGACCGUCGCCCCGAUUCUGCAAAUCGUCGCGCGAAUCAGGGCGAGCAGCAGGAUCCGCGCAAUCAGCAGGGAAUCGUGGAAAUCGCCGACAUCAUUGCUCGCCUUGACCCCGCCAGCCAGCAACAUCUGAGGCGAAUUUUCGCUGAAACUGCAGGCGAACGUGUUACAGCAAGAUCCAGCGCAUCGACGGAGCGGCGCACUGCAGAAAUCAAUUCUGCACGUUAUACUCAAGUUAAUAUUGGAGCGGAAGCAAACAACAACGAGGCGAUUCGGCACGCUCUCGGUCUUCUUGCCGCGCUUCAACGCAACAACGCCGGCGACCCGGCGCCAGCGCCCGAAAAUUCUCGUCCAGCGGCUGCGACAGCUCCUCGUCCUCGUGCUCCUCCUCCUCUCAAUCACGAGCGCAACGACGACGACGAUCGCGCAAACGCCGAGAACCUCGACGAAGGUAAUACCGUUAGACUCAAACUCAACCCUGCGCCUAUCAAUCUUGCCCCCAUCCCUCCUGCGCGACCUCAACUGCGUUCCUCCCUUGUUAAAAGUGACGGCAUUCGCACGCAACUUUUUAGUUUCGAACGCAUUCAAGCGAUUGCACAACACGCUAUUUCCAUUUUACCCUCUCACGGCGGCGAGCAACUUGGCGAGUACCUGCAGCAGAUCGUCGAUGAAGCGGAAGAAAAGAUUCAUCUUUUAUUUACCGCGGAUCAACGCGGUUUUGAGGUGGCCAAUAUGACCUUAAAGAUUAAGUAUGGUGAGGUGGUGGAGGAUAAGAAUGUCAAGGCCGCCACACAAAUUGUAGCGGCAAGCAAAAAGAGACCUCACCGGUCCACCACCUCCUCUCGCCCCAACCCCGCGCCUCGCAACCGCGGCCAAGGGGAACGCCAUUGGACCUGGCGUAGGGAUGGAGAUGGGCGAUGCUUUUAUUGCCAAGAGCCCGGCCACGGAAUAGCCGAUUGCCCACAACGGGGCCAAGGGGCUAAUCAACCCUCUAAGAUUGUUUAG